UCCCCCCCACCGCUGCACCCGCUCGCAACCUUGCACUCAUGUUGCCAUUCCCCCUCACAGUCGCUCGAUCCACUGUCCCUCCCUUCCUCCGCCACUCGAUUCACCAUCCUUCUCUUCCUUCGCUGCUCAAUUCACAGUCAAUCCAGCCACCGUCGCUCAAUCCGUUGUCUGUCGGAUCUCGCUGGUUUUUGUAUAUGUUGGUCGUUGGGGGUAAGAGUGUUAGUGGGUUGCCUUUGAUCACUGGAUACCACUGUUCGCAAUGGUCUAUGGUGAUUAGUAGUGCACUUUCCAUUUUGAUAGAAAACUUAAAAGCCAAAUUUACGGAGAUAUGUUGGAUCUUACUGGUUUUUGAAUAUGUUGGUUGUUGGUGUUGAGUCUAGUGGUUCCCUCAUCGCCGGAAACCACCAGCCACAAUGGCUCGUGACAAUUGAUAGUGUAUUUCUUGUUUAACUAUUGUCACAAAAAUUAGAAUAUAAAAAUUUAAUUAUUUAAAAAAAAAUAAAUUUUUAAUAAUUUUUAUUAUUUUUUAAGAGUCCUUAAAUUACCUUUUGGCCUAGGGCCUCACGGCCCCUUGAGCCGGCCCUGUCCUUGUUUCUUUGGGGGUCUUGAUUUUACACAUAUCGGUGAUAACGAUGAUCAAGACUUGGUUAAGGCAAGCUGGCCAUGGUGUAUCAGAGAAUUUGAUCUGUUUUUCACAGGGUCACGUUUGUUGGUUUGUUUGUGUCUUUGGGAAGAGCAGAAUGAUUAAAAAUUCUCUCGAAGUCUUUGAAAAUUACAAAACGCAAUUUAUGCUUUUCCAUUGUCUUGAAUGUUUGAUAUUUCCUGUAAUUUUCUAAAAAUUUUGUCUCCGUCAGUUCCCUAGUUUAGUAAUGCAUAAGCUGCCAUCAAUUCUUCUUUCUUUUGAUGACACACACACUCAAACCCUGAUUAUAUAGCUACGAACUAAUUUAAUAUUUGCUCCAGCUACUGUAGUAAGCAAGUGUCAGAGAUGAGUACGCAAAAGAUUUCUGACAUUGAUGGUGUAUUAGUUUCAAGAUCCAUGAGACAUGUUCGGCCAGCUCACUACAUCUUCAAAAUAAAGUCUUUCUCAUUGCUCUCCGAAUUUGACGUUGAAAAAUGGGAGUCAAAUGAUUUUGAUUCCGGUGGCUAUAAGUGGGGAUUGAGCCUUUAUCCAAAUGGAGAUGAGGAGAGAAAUGGAAAUGGUCACAUAUCACUCUACCUAGUUAUAAGGGAUACAAAUAGUCUUCCUCCUGGUUGGGAGGUGUAUGUGCAGUUCAAAUUAUUUGCCUUCAAUCAUAUUCAAGACAAGUAUCUAACUGUCCAAGAUGUUGAAGGUAAAACGAGAUGCUUUCGUGCCAUGAAGACCAAAUGGGGUUUUCCCCAAUUCCUUUCGCUUGACUCCUUCCAAAACACACAAAGUGGGUACCUCCUUGACGACUCUUGCGAAUUUGGAGCAGAGGUUUUCGUCAUCAAAUAUGAUGGCAAAGGGGAGUGUUUAUCCAUAGUGAAAGAACCCAGUGAUAACACCUUCACAUGGAAGAUUGACAAGUUCUCAACAAUCACGGACAUUAAUCUUCGCUCUGAAGAGUUCAUAGUGGGGGGACACAAGUGGCAGCUAUUGUUGUAUCCUAGAGGACCACCAAAAUCAAAUGGAGAGAAUAUAUGCCUCCUUUUGGUUGCGGUUGAUCAUGCAAAGCUUCUUCCUCAUCGAAAACUGUAUGUCAAAUUCAAGCUGUGGGUAAGGGCCCAGGUUGGGCAUGCGCACCAUGAGGAAGAAGCUUGUUUCGGGUUCUCUACAUCAUCUCGCGAGUGGGGGUUCAGCGACUUCAUGGAAUUGAGCCAUCUGAAAGACCCAUCAGAAGGAUUCCUAGUCAAGGAUACUUUAGUUGUUGAAGCUGAAAUUAUGGCCAUGUCUGUGCUUAGGAAGUUUCCUUAAAACUUGUUAUUACAGUAACAGAACUAUGUACCCAAAAUUUUUUGAGUAUGUAUGUUCUUAUUUCCACCCCGUAAUUCUUACUUGUCUUCUGUAUUGAAAUUCAUCUGCUUGUUCAUACAUUUAAGGGUGGGUUUGUUUGAUUGGAAAAAUAUG